CGGCGCGGGCGGCGGGCGGCGGGCCGGGGCCAUGGCGGGCGGCGCGCGGGGGCUGCACGCGGCGCAGGCCGAGGACGUGGCUUCGGCCUCCAGCUUCCGCGCCUUCGAGCUGCGGCACCUGCACCUGGACCUGAAGGCCGAGUUCGGGCCUCCGGGGCCGGGCCCGGGCAGCCGCGGGCUGAGCGGCUCGGCGCUGCUGGACUUGCGCUGCCUGGACCCCGGCGGCGCCGCGGAGCUGCGGCUGGACUCGCACCCGUGCCUGCAGGUGACGGCGGCGACGCUGCGGCGGGCGCGGCCGGGCGCGGGGCAGCCGGAGCCGGAGCCGGAGCCGGAGCCGGAGCGGGUGCCGGUGUGCGUGCGGCCCUUCUCGCACUACGGCCAGGCCCUGUGCGUGCGCCUCCCGCAGCCCUGCGCCGCCGGCCAGUGCCUGCAGGUGCGGCUCACCUACCGCGUCGGCGAGGGACCCGGGGUUUGCUGGUUAGCUGCGGAGCAGACGGCAGGAAAGAGGAAGCCCUUCAUGUACACGCAGGGUCAGGCUGUCCUGAACAGGGCCUUCUUCCCUUGCUUCGACACCCCUGCGGUGAAGAGCACGUACUCCGCUCUUGUUGAGGUCCCCGACGGCUUCACAGCCGUGAUGAGCGCUGACACCUGGGAGGAGAGAGGCCCAAACCAGUUCUUCUUCCGUAUGGGCCGGCCCAUCCCCUCCUAUCUGAUAGCGUUGGCCAUUGGAGAUCUGGUUUCGGCUGAAGUUGGACCCAGGAGCCGGGUGUGGGCCGAGCCCUGCCUCAUCGCGGCUGCCAAGCAGGAGUACGACGGGGUCAUAGAGGAGUUUCUGGCAACAGGAGAGAAGCUUUUCGGACCCUACGUGUGGGGCAGGUAUGACGUGCUCUUCAUGCCCCCAUCCUUCCCAUUUGGAGGGAUGGAGAACCCCUGCCUGACGUUCGUCACCCCCUGCCUGCUGGCCGGGGACCGCUCCUUGGCCGACGUCAUCAUUCACGAGAUCGCCCACAGCUGGUUUGGGAACCUGGUCACCAACGCCAACUGGGGGGAGUUCUGGCUCAACGAAGGCUUCACCAUGUACGCCCAGAGGAGGAUCUCCACCAUCCUGUUCGGGCCUGCCUACACCUGCUUGGAAGCCGCCACCGGGCGCGCCCUGCUGCAGCAGCACAUGGCCGUCACGGGCGAGGAGCACCCUCUGAACAAGCUGCGCGUGCAGAUCCAGCCAGGUGUCGACCCAGACGACACGUACAACGAGACCCCCUACGAGAAAGGCUUCUGCUUUCUCUCCUACCUGGCCCACCUGGUGGGCGACCAGGGCCAGUUUGAUGACUUCCUUAAGGCCUACGUAGAUGAGUUUAAGUUUCAAAGCAUCGUAACUGAUGACUUUCUGGAAUUCUUCUUGGAAUAUUUCCCUGAGCUGAAAAGAAAGAGGGUGGAGUCCAUCCCAGGAUUUGAGUUUGAUCGCUGGCUGAACACCCCGGGCUGGCCCCCCUACCUCCCUGACCUCUCCCCCGGGGACUCCCUCAUGAAGCCGGCAGAGGAGCUGGCCCAGCUGUGGGCGGCCGAGGAGCUGGACGUGGGGGCCGUGGAUGCCGUGUCCACCUCUGCCUGGAAGACCUACCAGCUGGUGUACUUCCUGGAUAAGAUCCUCCAGAAAUCCCCUCUCCCUCCCGGGAACGUGAGAAAACUUGGAGAGACGUACCCCAAGAUCUCAAAUGCCCAGAACGCGGAGCUACGGCUGCGUUGGGGCCAGAUUGUCCUCAAGAAUGACCACCAGGAGGAUUUCUGGAAAGUGAAGGAAUUCCUGCACAGCCAGGGCAAGCAGAAGUACACCCUCCCGCUGUACCACGCCAUGAUGGGCGGCAGCGAGGCCGCCCGGACCCUCGCCAAGGAGACCUUUGCAGCCACGGCCUCCCAGCUCCACAGCAACGUGCUUCACCACGUCCAGCAGAUCGUGGCGCCCUCGGGCAAGUAGAGGCUCCCGCCACGGCCUCUGCCUCUGCAGACGGCAGUUCCCAUCAGCUUCCCAAGUUCACGUCCCCGCGGGGUAACCUGUUUUUUUCUGGGCUUGGUGAGGGGGCUCUGGGCUUCUGCUCCGACUGGACGGCUCUGGACCCGUCACGUGACCAGGAACCGCCACACUCCUGGGCUGGGGUGGGGGGGCGGGGCGGCAGGCUUCCCCCUCCAAACCUGGGUCUCAGCAAGAGCAGGAAGGAUUUUCUUUUCUCUCUCUUUUUUGUUUUUUUGCUUCUUGUUUAUUCUUGAAGUACUGUGCAAAGGGCUGAUUUCUAGUGAUUCUUUUUUCAGGUUUAAUCAUCAUUUUAAUAAAUAUUUUCAA